CCAGAGAACAAAAAGAGAGCAAGAUUUUUUUUUUCCAAGAAAAAAAAACAGAAGAAGAUGAGGUUUUCUUCUUCGAGACCCGUUUCGAGUCCGGGUCGGGUCGAGAAUUACCCGCCGCUACUGAUGCGGUUCCUCCGAACAAACACCGGCUGCAAAAGCAGGGGCCGUUCUCGUUCAAGUCCCAUCUUCUUUCGCCGGAAAAAUACUCCGGCGACGGAGACCCAAGAGCCUUCGUCGCCUAAGGUCACUUGUAUGGGUCAGGUCCGAAUGACCCGCUCCAAGAAAUCCAAGCCCAGACCGGGUCGGGUCGCCGGGAAAAGCCGACAGCGGCGACGGCGGCGGUGCUGGUGGGUCAAGAGCGCGUUUUCCUGCCAUCCUUCCGCCGGAAAACUCAAACCGAAUUUCUUCAGCCCUGUUUGGCGCAAAUGGGUUUCGUUUUCUCGUGUCAGUUUCUCGGGAAAAUCAGAGAAAAGAUCGAGCUCGACGAGGAGUGAACCCAUUUUCAGACGUUCGACGGUGCAGCUAAACGAUGCAGAAACUCGAACAGAUGAACAAGAAGAAGAAGAAGAAAAUUCAUCCAAAUCCUUCGAUUCGAUUCCUCCGAGAAACGCUUUGUUAUUGACGAGAUGCAGAUCUGCGCCGUACAGAUCUUCGUCGUUAGCAAGCAGAUUCUGGGGAUCUCCAGUUUCCCGCGACCAACAAGAACAGAGCCAAUCAGAAACAGAGCAAGUUCAGACACGACAAAAGCAACCAGAAGAUAGCAAUGCGGCGCCGGAAAAAAUGUCGGAUUCGGGAGAAUCGUCGACAAGCGUUGAAGAACCAGAGAAAUCUGAAGAUUCGGUUGGAGAAUCGGAGAGAAAAUCUGGGAACAAUGGAGCUGAAAAAACAGAGCAUUGUGGAUCUCCCCGGCAGCGUUUGAGUCUCACGCGCUGUAAAUCGGAGCCGGCGAGAAUGGGAGAGAGGCUCGUGCCGGAGUUGGGAUUCUGGAAGAACACAAGGUUGGGAUUUACGUAACUAAUAGUUUUCCUUAAAUGUAUUUUUUUUAAUUAUUCCUCUGAUUUUUUGAAGUUCGUCCUCUGUUUUCUGGUUUCUCGUCGUGUAUUUUCUCGGGAAUAGACAAUGCGCCGAGAAAAAGAAAGAACAUAUAUAUCUAUAUAUGUAUAUACAUAUAUAUAUAUAUAUGUUUUUGGAUUAUACUAUUGCUGAAUGAA